GGUACGCUCGAGUACGACAAGCUCGACAUUUCGGAAUUUGUUGGGGGUUUCCUGGAGCGUAUUAAGAGCAAGAGAGAGCCAGAAAGGCCCACUCUUCUAGCACACCUCCAGCUGCUCAUGGAGAAAGCAGCAUCAUAUUCUUGGUCCAGUGUCAGGAAUUUCCAUUUUUCUAUCAGCUCCGCAAUAGAGGCUGGGCGGCUCACUUGGAAUGACGCCACCGUCAUUCGCGAUAGGGCGCAGAUCGCAUUCACUCACGCGGAUUUGCGUUCGGCUUCGCAAUCGGCACCGCGAAAUGGGAUCUCGUCUGCGGCAAAGGCCAAGAAAGAGCUUCAUUGCAAGGAUUGGAACCGUACGGGGAAAUGUUCUUGUCCCCCAAUGGAUCCAGCCUACAAGUCUGUUCUUCUUUGCCGAGUUUGUGAUGCCAACCAUUCUAUGCUGUCGUGUGCAAAGCGGCGAUUCCCGAUACCUAACACUGGUCCGGUUGUCGUACCCGGCGGCGAGCGCCACUGACUAUCAGCCGUGGUAUUGGCGAACUCUGUCCGCGCCUUUCACCUUCCUAAUUUUCGUGGUGCCCGAAUCCCAGUGUCUUCCACUUCCGUGAUUGAUAAAUGGAGCGCGUAUCUCGAACAUUAUCAGGACAGACUUGUAAUCGAUUUUUUACGUUUUGGUUGGCCAAUUAAUUUUCGUAGUGAUAAUGCUACGUCUACAUUUAGAAAUCAUCCUUCAGCGAAUCAGCGCAUUAAUUAUUUACAAUUGUAUGUAAAGAAAGAACUUGAUUUUAAUUCUAUUUGCGGGCCAUUCGCGUCCAAUCCUUUUGAUAUGGAAUGUGUUAUCUCGCCAUUACUUUGCGUUCCUAAGCGCGAUUCUGAAGACCUCCGCGUUGUACAUGACCUCAGCUUUCCGGAGGGACAUUCUAUUAAUGAUGGAAUUCCAAAGGACUCCUAUCUGGGCGAUCAGUACCAAUUACAACUGCCGGGAGUCGACAGGCUCGUUGAUUUUGUUAAUCGCCUCGGUCGUGGUUGUCACGUUUUCAAAAAAAGAUUUGAGCCGUGCCUUCCGUCAGAUCCCUGUGGAUCCCGCGAAUUAUCAUAAUCUAGGAUUCCAAAUCAACAAUCAAUUUUACUUCCAUACUUCUUUCCCGUUUGGACUCCGCACGGCCAGUUUGGCUUGUCAGCGCACUACAAAAGCUGUGGUUUACAUUCUAAACACCAUGGGCAUUUUAGUGGAUGUCUACAUUGACGAUUUUUAUGGUGCUGCAAUGCCGGACGUUUCACAGGAUGAGUUCAACCGGAUGAAUUCUGUUUUUGACGAACUCGGGCUUGCUGCAUCAGCCGCUAAAGACGUCUUACCAUGCUAUUGUAUGACCUGUUUGGGAGUGGAAAUUGACACCCUAGACAUGACUUUGACUGUCCCACAAUUCCGGGUGACUGAACUCCAGGGAGAGUUAAAUGAGUGGUUAACUAGGACACUCUAUUCUAAACGUGAUCUUCAGCGUCUUCUUGGCAAACUGUCGUUUAUUACUUCUUGCAUUCGUCCAGGCCGAGUUUACAUGUGUCGUCUUCUUAAUGCGUUACGCGCAAUCAGUUCACGUCACUCCAAGUUGCACGUUGAUGAUGAGCUACGUGCUGACAUCCACUGGUGGUUAUAUCUUUUGCGUCAUUACAAUGGUGUUUCGGUUAUUCCGUCCAACAUCACGGUGGCAAAUCCGGAAUUAUUUGCUUCUGACGCUUGUUUGACCGGAUGCGGGGCUGUAUGUUUCGGGGAAUAUUUCCGUUGCCCAUUUCCACCAAGGGUUUGAUCUAAGCAACUACAUAUCAACGAGUUGGAGCUGUUAACUGUGGUGCUGGCGGUUAGGCUAUGGGCUACUAAGCUACAAGGGCUUACAAUUGAACUUUUCGUGGACAAUACCACUUGUCUUUACGCCAUUAAUAACAAUAGUUCAGCCA